AAGACGGACGUGAACCAAUUUCUUAACCAAAAUUUAUAUUUUAAUUUAACAAUUAAAAUAUAUGAUUUAAUAAUUAAAUUCCCAUUUUUUAAUUACUUUUUCAUUAAAAAAAUUUAAACAAAAACUUUUCAAUAUAAUAAAUUUUAUUAUAUGUAUAGUUUUUCUACUUUAUUUAUUUACUCCGCCUUUUUUCCUACAAACCCUAAUUUUCAUAAAUCAGUCUGUAGAAUCUGUGAACUAGAGUUGUAGUUUUUCUCUGUAAUAGUUGAAUUUUUUGUUUGUGAAAAAAAAAAAGUUUAAAUUUUGAAGCUUUUUAUCUUUCUCUGAAAUGGUGAAGGUUUAAGCUACAGUGUUACGUUUUUUUCGGAUUUUAUCUUCAAAAUUGAAAAAUCUGCUUCUGGGUUUUCAUCAUUUCUGAAAAAGUUUGUGUUUUUAAAGCUAGAGUUGUAGUUUUUGUGUUGUUACAAAUUUUACUGAGUUCAAAUUUGAUUGUGCUGUUUCUGGGUAUCUUAGUUUUACAUUGAAGUAUAUAGUUUCUGAACAAAGAUUUAAUUUUUCAAACUUUUGAGCUUUUGGGGUGUCUUAGUUUUUCUUUGAUUCUCAAAAAAAUGGAAGAAAGAGAGAUUUUUGGUUCUGGGCAUGCUGUUAAUGUUAAUCAGGCCCCACAGAGCUUCAACUUAGCUCAAAAUUCAUUGAAUUUUUCUGGGCCCACAGGAGAGUUGCCGACUCCGGCGAGUGCACCGGCUGCGGCUGUUGGCGGUAUGGAGGUAAAGAAGAAGAGGGGUAGGCCUAGGAAGUCUGAAUCUGGAAGUAAACCGGCGUUGUCGCCUAUGCCGAUUUCGGCCUCCAUUCCUUUGACUGGAGAUUUCUCUGGUUGGAAAAGUGGUGGAGGGAAGCCUUUUGAAUCAAUAAAAAAGCCUUUGAAGUUAAAUGAUUUUGAUGAAGAUGAUGGAACAGCUUCCCCUGGUUCCAAUUUCAAAACUCACGUGCUUACAGUAAAUUCCGGAGAGGAUGUCUCGAUGAAAAUCAUGUCUCUCUCUCAACAAGAAUAUCAUACUAUAUCCAUUCUAUCUGCGACUGGCACAAUUUCCAAUGUCACACUUCGCCAGUCGGAUGCUAGUGGCGGUACUUCGACGUAUGAGGGAAUGUUUGAGAUUCUUUCCUUGAGCGGCUCAUUUGUGCCAACCGAGAAUGGACUGACAAAGAGCAGAGCUGGUAGAAUGAGUGUCUCAUUGGCAGGUCCUAAUGGUCGUGUUUUUGGGGGUGCACUGGCUGGUUUGCUUGUAGCUGCUGGUUCUGUGCAGGUUGUGGUUGCGAGUUUUCAACCAGAGCAGCAGAAACCAAAGAAGCAAAGGACCGAUUAUACGUCACCACCUGCCCCUCCUACAUCAUCUCAUAUUAAUAAUCAUGUUUCUGCUGAACAAUUGAAACCUAUCAUGUCACCGGCCGGCUUUAACUUUGCUUCUUUCGGCAAUGGCCAAGGCUCUGGCAACUCAUCAUCAUCCGCAGAUGAUGAUGAGCAUGUCUAACCCUAGCCGUUCAAAUGCUGGAGUUGCAUACUCAUGUUUAACUCAUUGAUUCUUACAGUUAUUGAUUGAAGGAGAUUAAAGUUUUUACUAUAAGAAAUUGUUAUAUUUGGGACUUGUAGGUAUUGGUUAAAAAUGUAGCUAUCUAAUAUUGUUGUAGCUAUUAGAUUUAGGAUAACAUGUUAUGUCCAUCUUUAGAUUUUACAAGAAUGUUUGAAUUUUGAAAUUUGAGUGUGUGGAAUGUUUCUAAAUUGUAACCUAACAUUAUUAUAUCACUUUUUGUUUUGAAAGAGGAAA